GACAUUCUGCCGUGAGGGUGGGGACGGGUAGGUUGGGGUUUGUUGGGUGUUGGACCUUUGUCUCUAUCUUUGUGGGCGCGCGUGCGAAAUACUUCCAAGUUCGCAGACCAGAGUCGAGCGCUGCUGUAGCCGUUGUUGGUCGAUCGCUUGGUUGAUCGAUUGAUUGAUUGGUUGAUUUAUUGGUCGAUCGCUUGGUUGAUUUAUUGGUUGAUUGAUUGGUCAAUUGAUUGGUCGAUCGCUUGGUUGAUCUAUUGGUUGAUUGAUUGGUCGAUUGAUUGGUCGAUCGCUUGGUCGGUCGCUUGGUCGAUCGCUUGGUGGACCAACUGGAGUUUGCUUUCAUCGAAAACGAUGGCCAGGGUCGUGGGGCACCUGACGAGACAAAUCACCGUGCCCUUCCUGCUGGCCGUCAUCUGCAUCAGCGUCUUCAUGUUCAACUAUUACAGCCAACUCACGCAAGUUCACUGCACGUGCGUGGACUGGAACACAGAUAAGAAGGAGGUGGCGCAGGAAGAGGUGCACGCAAAGAGGGUCGCUGCUGUCCCUGCUGUGCGCCGGCCGGCACGGAGGAGCAAAGGAAAGGGAACAGCAAUAGUGGCGAGGAAAGUCCACAGGCACAGGAACGCCGUGACGCUGGCGAAGGCUGUGAUGAGCACAGCCUGCACGGAGCUCUUCAGCAACAUCGUCAAUCGAGGUAUUCCAAAGAGGUUCAACGAGCAGAACGUCGUGAGUGAUGCCAAGGGGGUAGGCGACUGUCCCUGGGCCCCCAAUGUCUCCUCCACGCUCCAAUUCCAGGACAUUCACCAGAACGUGACGGGCGGCGCGGGGCAGGUGAUGGUGACGCAGACGAACUCUCCUGUUCAGUCCAACAUCACGUACGACGCCAGCAAGAAGACGAUCACAGUGGACAAGAACCUGCACGGCAUGUUCAUCAAGGAGUUCCCCGAGCGGAGUGGGCGCUACCCUCGCUGCGCCGUCGUGGGGAACGGAGGGAUCCUCGCCAACAGCUCCUGCGGCUCCCAGAUCGACGCAGCCGACUUCGUGAUCCGCUGUAACCUGGCGCCGGUGCAUGGCAGGUUUGCCGUUGACGUCGGCUCAAAGACCAACAUCGUGACGGCCAACCCGACCAUCAUCGUGAACAAAUUCCAGUCGUUGAAUUUCCGGCGGCAGCCGUUUGUGAAGGAGAUGGCAGCGUAUAAAGACACCAUCAUCCUAGUGUCCGGGUUCUCGUUCGCAUCCCUAACGCCGAUUGCUAUGAGGCUCAUCUUCACGCUGGAGGACUUCGGAGCGCAGCAGAGGGUCGCCUUCUUCAACCCCGACUACAUGAGGGCCAUCGCACGCUUCUGGAAGGGCCAGGGGGUGAACGAGCCGCGACCCUCCUCGGGGCUCAUGAUGACGAGCGUGGCCAUGGACCUGUGUGACGAGGUGCACGUCUACGGCUUCUGGCCGUUCGACCGGGCGAUCCCGUCCGGGGCGGGCGGUGUGGCGGCGGAGCUGACGCACCACUACUACGACGACCAGAAGCCCAACCGGCGCCACUCGAUGCCCCACGAGUUCCUGGAGCUGCUGGCGCUGCACAGCCGCGGGGUGCUGCGACUGCACGUGGGGGAGUGCGCGGCACCUUGAGGGGGGGACGCCGCCUCCAGGGACA